AUGGGAAAUUGUGCAUCUUUAUCCUCAGAUAAACAACUCAAGGAAACCGGUAUUAGUUCUCAAUCUUACCAUAAUGGCAAUAAUGAUGAGUUAUCAAAUCAUACUGGUCAUAUUGGAAUUGUUGAAUUACGUAGUGGAAAAGUGGAUCCUGAAAAAAUUAAAAAAGAAAUGGCAGAAAUUGCAGCAACUUUAAAUAUAGAUGAACCAGAAAUAACAGAUCGAUCUGUCGAAGAAUUUAAAAUCAAGAGAAAACCGGCAUUAUCAACAAUAACAUCAAUCUCUGCACCUUCGCCACCUUCACCACCAUCAACCAAUGAAUUAAUUGUUGAUCCAAUGAAAAAAGUUUUUGCCGCAUUAAGAAUGCCAUCAGAUGGAAAUUUUGAUGUAGGAGAAUAA